GCUGAACAGCCUGAUUUGGGAGAUUUUGGACACUUUCGCUUCGCUUUUACGGAGGAUCAUUGCAGCUUCCAACUGGCUGAAGAACAGCCAUCCUGGAGGUCCUCAGCUUUUUGAACUAACUGUUCUGAGCACGGAGGUCGCUCCGUGAUAACAUGAUCGUGUGGGGCACGGAGGAUUGUCCGUGGACCUUCCCUGGCUCUUCUUCGAGAUCCAGUACUCGUUUAUUUAGAGAGAUGGCAGAGUGUCAUUGUUUUGCUGGCUCUUUUCUCACUUUAUCUGGCCAAAUGAAGGCUGGAUGGUGGUAUCUCUAUUCCAAGAAAACCGGUGUCUCAUAACGAAUCCCCUUCGCCCUUGUUCCUUGACGACAAUGGCUCGAUUUUUGAGCCAGUCCCUGUCCACGGGUUGGACUUUCAAAGAGACUCGAGAUCAGGCGGAGGAAGCAUGGAUGCCCGUUCAGUCUGUGCCCUCUGUCGUGCAUCAGGACCUCAUAGCAAACAAGAAGCUGGAGGAUCCGUUCAUCGGCUUUAAUGAACUGAAGGCUAGAUGGGUAAAUGAGAAAUCGUGGACCUACCGGAAUAUCUUCCAGAAGCCUGCUGUGCCAGCGGAGUCGUCGAUAGCCUUGGUGUUCGAUGGUCUAGACACCUUUGCAACUGUCAAGCUCGACGGCAAGGUUAUCCUGGAAGCUGAUAACAUGUUCCUUGCGCAUCGCGUGGAUGUUACCAAGGCCUUGGAAGCUGACGGUGAGCAUGUGCUGGAAAUCGAUUUCGACUGUGCUAUGACACGAGCUCAACAACUCCAGGAGCAGCAUCCGGAGCAUAAAUGGGCGUGUUUCAAUGGCAGUGGAUCCAGGCUUGCUGUACGUAAGGCUCAAUACCAUUGGGGCUGGGACUGGGGCCCGCUGCUGAUGACUGCGGGUAUAUGGCGGGAUGUGCAUCUGGAAGCAUAUACCGCGCGGGUCGCAGAUCUCUGGGUGGACACAAAACUUGCGCCAGAUCAUCAGUCGGUCGAUAUCACUGUCCAUGCUGACCUGGAUGUCCCGGUGUCAAGUUCUUGCAAGAUCAGUUUCACAAUCCGUCUCGAUGGCAAGGAUGUUGCCCACGCGGUCGUCGCUGGUGAAAAGACCUCCAAAGUCACCUUCCACCUCGACAACCCGUCAUUGUGGUGGCCACACGGAUAUGGAGGGCAAACCCUCUAUGAAGUUUCAGCAGCAAUACUGAGCGAGACCGAAGAGUUGCAUCAAAUAUCCAAGAGAUUUGGUAUCCGCACUGCCGAAGUCAUCCAGCAACCGGAUAAGCAUGGAAAAUCCUUCUUCUUCAGAAUCAACGGUAUAGAUAUCUUCUGCGGUGGAUCUUGUUGGAUCCCAGCGGACAGUUUUCUCCCCAAUGUCACGGCAGAGAGAUACAGAAAGUGGAUCGAAUUAAUGGUCGCUGGCCGGCAGACUAUGAUCAGGGUCUGGGGUGGUGGUAUCUUCGAGGACGAUAGAUUUUACGACGUUUGCGACGAGCUUGGGGUCCUGAUCUGGCAAGAUUUCAUGUUCGGCUGCGGCAACUAUCCAACCUGGCCUGAACUGCUACGGUCUAUUGAGGAAGAGGCCAUUUACAAUGUGCGAAGGAUCCGCCAUCACCCGUCCAUCGCCAUCUAUGCUGGGAACAACGAAGAUUACCAGGUCCAAGAGUCUACAGGACUCACUUAUGAUUACGAGGACAAGUGCCCUGAGAAUUGGUUAAAGACAGACUUCCCCGCUCGCUACAUAUAUGAGAAGAUCCUUCCAGAUGUUGUCAAUAAGCAUGGUGCAGAUGUCUUUUAUCACCCUGGGAGCCCAUGGGGUGAUGGCAAGAAGUCAUCGGACCCAACAGUGGGCGAUAUUCAUCAGUGGAAUGUCUGGCAUGGCACCCAGGAAAAGUAUCAGAUAUUUGACACACUCGGCGGUCGUUUCAAUAGCGAGUUUGGAAUGGAGGCGUUUCCCCAUAUUUCCACCAUCAAGUACUUUGUUGAGAACGAGGCAGAUCUGUUUCCCCAGUCGCAUGUCAUCGACUUCCAUAACAAAGCUGAUGGCCAUGAGCGAAGGAUUGCAACUUAUCUUGUCGAGAAUCUGCGGACGGCCACGGAUCUAGAGACGUAUAUUUACCUUACCCAGGUGGUUCAAGCUGAGACCAUGAUGUUUGGAUAUCGAGGCUGGCGCCGCCAAUGGGGGGAUGAACGCCACUGCGGAGGUGCGCUUUUGUGGCAGCUGAAUGACUGCUGGCCCACCAUCUCCUGGGCGAUUGCCGACUAUUUCCUGAGGCCCAAGCCUGCAUACUAUGCAGUGGCUCGGGUGCUGAAACCACUUGCAGUUGGCGUGCGCCGAGAGCACCACGACUGGAGCGUGACUCAUGCUCAGCCACCGAAAACCAGCAAGUUUGAGUUGUGGGUCGUGAGCAGCCUUCAAAAGGAGACGCUCGGCAGAGUUGAGCUCCGGUUCAUCUCAAUCAACACUGGACUCGAAAUUCGGGGGUCAAUCAUACAUAAGAACAUCGCCAUCGUGCCGAACGGGACCACUAACCUCAUCGUGGACGGUCUGAUCGAUCACACUAUCUAUUCAGAGCCCCAUGUGCUAGCUGCGCGGCUCUGGGUUGAUGGCCACAUCGUCGCCCGUGAUGUAGACUGGCCUCAGCCAUUCAAGUACCUUGACCUUUCUAACAGGGGCCUCGAGGUCAAGAAGAAGUUUGAAUCGCCCUCUGGCGAACAGAUUCUGGUGUUGAGCACUCAGAAACCAUUGAAGUGCCUAGUCUUCGAGGAGCGUGAGAAUGUCAAGAUUAGCGAUAGUGCCAUCGAUCUUGUUCCUGGAGACGAGCAGACCGUCACUAUUACUGGCCUGAAAGCAGACGAUGCUUCUCUGGGCUACAAAUUCCUUGGACAAUGAGAGACCUGUCGUCACCAUUCAAAUCACCCUGAUAUAUAUCUGGUAAAUAGAUACAUAGUUAGCACCCGAUGCAUAGUCUCGACUUUCAUAGAAAAUUAAGAUUGAAUCCUCCGAUUAGAAUAGAAA